AGAGUGUCAGACUGCUCGCAUCGAGAACUUCCUCCACUGGGUAGUGAGAACCUGUACAAUCAAGAAAACGAGUACAGUCACAACCUACUGGCGGCAACUGAGUCAGCUACAUAUCACUUGGUGGCAAUGCCGGAUCUCACCCCAAACUCUGAAAGAGAUCUUUGUGUUUAUUGAAGGUUCUUUGACGAAAGAAUAUGGCCUGGAUAACACCGAAAGUGAGAAGCCACUGCUCGAGGCCGAAGAGUUUGUCGAGAUCAUACAGUAUCACUGGGCCGCUGACAUCAACGUCUUCCCCACGAGCGACAACGUGUCCAGGUUGCGUCCAUUCUUCUGCUGGCCGCUUAUACUGGCUCGAGGCCUGGGGCACUUCUCCACAUCACAUAUCGCGACCUACGCCUGUACGUGGAGAAGCACCGCAAGACCGGCAAGCAUGAGUUAAAGCUUGCAGUGACGCUGACUAAAACAAAAUCGGGACAGAAGCGGAAACGACCCAAAACCUAUAUUUUCCAUCUUGAUGAGAACCCGGUUUUCUGCAUCAUCACCCACAUGAUUAGCAUCGCCUUCGAUGAUGAGGCUUAUAAUGUGCCAGAACUGGUCUCCCCGAGACAGGUAUUUGCGCUGAAAGCGAAGAAAGGCCCCAGUCAAAUUGUGCCAUGGAAGCAAGAAAUGCUCGACAUUCCUGUCUUCCGCAGGGCUAUCAAGACACCGCGAGGUGUGGAAACCUCUAAGGAUGCACCACUCCCUUACAACCAGUAUCAUGGUUGGCUCGUUCUUCUCGGAGUUGCCCUAGGCUUCAUAUAUACCCUGACGACGUAUUGUCUGCGAAGAGCAUUAGGCAAUGCCAUUAAUGAUGAUCCCAACUCGAACGCGGCGGUGCGAAAUCUAGUCCUUGAUCAUGGUACCGGAUCUAAGAUCUUCGAACGCAACUAUCUCUCGCGGACGAUUCGUUACUUUACCCAAGAUCAGUUCUGGGGAAGAAGCUCCGAUCAUGAGUCUGCAAGGACUGCGAGCCAGAUCGGUCUGCUCCGAGAUCCUGAUCGACCGAGGAAACUCAGCGCCGAACAAGGACAGCAGGUACGACAGGAUCCUGAAGUCCGAGAAUUGGCGGCUGUCCGGAGUCGGUUGUGCGCUCAGAUCGAGGAAAUAUUCGGGGUAAUCGAAAUGGCGAAAGGGGAACCAAUCUAUAAUGACUAUCAAGCCGUGAAGGCAUCCCUUGCCGCUACUAUUCGAAAGAAGGAGCGCGCGUUGCUGAAGCAAAUUCAGGAGGAGUACGACUUGAAUGCCCCCGUGUUGGCUAUUCAGCAGCAAUUGAAUGCGGAACAGUCUGACGAUGACGACAAUGACGACGUUAAGGAAGGUAGUCCCGCUGAUGUCGACUCCAUCCGGAUCGCUGAGAGACGCUACAUCGCGGAAUGUGCGGUGCGGGAUCCAUCUGUACUCCACGAUCAGAAAGGUUAUGCCUUCCAUGUCGAGUUCUCCGUCGCUUUGAUUGCAUUAUGUAAACGGAGGGAUCGCCGCCCGGUGAAGACCAGGUGCUCUCCGGAGCCUGUUCUCGUCAAAGCUGCUUUAGAUUCGCCACGGCUGUCCCAGAUAGAACCCGAGAUCAAACGCGAUUCUCCAUUGAAGUGCCAAGGUUGGCAAUGCGUUUUCUGUCUAGCCAGUAACGACCUGCCUUUGGAGGAACGACAGUGCAGGUAUAAACGGAAAUACACGCUUCAGAAACACGUCGAUCGAUGUCGUCUCAAGUACUACGGUCCAGACGACCCCAUUCCUUGUCCUGACGACCAUGCAUGCGCUGGGCUCAUUUUGAAUGGGAAGAUGGAGCUGAAAGCGCACUUCGCCAAUAAGCAUAGUUGCUUUUUGUAGAUUGUGUUGACUGGCUUCUACGACCUGUUUGUUUUAAUCGUCGCUGUAUCUUUUAGAAUGUGUUGAUUUAUGCUAUUUGUUUGUUUCAUUUAUCUUGGAGCUGGCUCCACAUAUCG